AUGGAACUUGAUGAAAUGAGAGUCGCUGUAGGGCAGGCUGUAGACCAUUUCACUGAUGUUACGGUUCCAAGGAUUGAAACAUAUAUUGAGCAGGAGAAUGAUAUCCACAAACUUCAACGUGCCUUCCACGUCAUCGAAUCAAUCAACGCUGCAAUCACGAAUCCGUCGAAUUUUGGAGAGGUGAAUCAGCAAGCGACGAAUCUUUUGAACAACAGAAGAAACUUCACAGUGGAAUGGUUGACUGCUUUCAGAGAUGAGACGAUUCCUAGCCUUCGCAACUAUAUCAAUAAGGAAACCAGUCUUCAGAAUCUCCAACAAGUUGUUAGGCAUCUGGAAGACAUCAACAAUAGGCUCAAUUCUGCUGAUGUUUUAGGAGUACGAUAUUAA